UCUUCUAUCAUCAUGUGCUGUGAGUGCUGUGGCGAAACGCAGCGCAAAAGCUGGGUCUUUGGCAUUGGCUCAGUUUUUGUCGUGCUGGGCAUACUCCUGGUCGUGCUCUGGCCCAAUUUGGCGGAUAAUCUAGUCGAGAGUGGCUUGAAACUGGAGCCAGGCACCGACACAUACGACAGCUGGCUGGAGGCUCCCAUACCUAUUUACCUGAAAUUCUAUAUGUUUAACUGGACCAAUCCCCAGGAUAUACGCAAUCCGAACAUCAAGCCGCACUUCAACGAAAUGGGCCCGUAUGUGUUCCUCGAGAAGCAUAAAAAGGAAAACUACACAUUCUUCGACAAUGCUACUGUAGCGUAUUAUGAGCGUCGCACCUGGUUCUUCGAUGAGGAGCAAUCCAAUGGCACAUUGCAUGACAUGAUUACGGCGGCGCAUGCCAUAACCGCCACCGUAGCCGAUGAGAUGCGUCACUCGAAGAAGAUUGUGAAAAAGAUUGUUAACUUUAUGUUGAACCAUGAGGGCGGCACUUUAUACACCACAAAGCCCGUGCACGAAUGGAUAUUCGAUGGCUAUCAGGAUGAUCUUACGGACUUUCUGAAUCUAUUCAACACCUCGAAAAUUCACAUACCGUAUACGCGAUUCGGUUGGCUAGCGGAUCGAAACGGUUCGCUGGAAUACGAUGGUCUGUUUACCAUACACACGGGCACCGAUGACAUCUCAAAUAUGGGUCGCCUGACCCACUGGAAUGGGAAAGGCGAAACAGGAUUCUAUAAGAUGCCUUGCGGCAUUGUCAACGGUACCACGGGUGAUCUGUUUCCACCCAAGAUGAACGUCCUGGAUGAGAUUACCAUAUUUGCCACCGAUGCGUGUCGCUUCAUGAAUCUGCGACCGCAGGGAACCAUGGAGAUGUAUGGUCUUACUGCAACACGUUGGGUGGGCACUGAGGAGACUCUGGACUCGGGCGAGAAUUAUCCCAAUCAGGCCUGCUUCUGCGAUCCACGCAUGGAGGAGUGCCCCAAAACGGGCGUGGUCGAGUGCAAGGAAUGUCGCGACAAAGCCCCGAUAUAUUCAUCAUUUCCACAUUUCUAUUUGGCUGACAAGUCGUACUUGAAUGCUGUCAGCGGUCUAAGCCCGGAUAAAGCCAAACACGAGUUCGUUAUGGCCGUAGAGCCAACCACCGGCGUGCCAGUCCAGGUGCAUGGUCGCAUCCAGAUCAAUAUGAUGCUGGAGCCCGAUGAUGAUUACGACAUCUAUCGUGGCAUUCAGAAGGUGUUGAUGCCAAUGUUUUGGUUCGAUCAGUACGCCCAGCUCAGUCCCGAGCUGGCCUCCAGGGCUAAGCUGGCCAUCAACUUGUCGGACUAUGGCGUCUACUUUGGCAUUGCGUGCAUUGUUUUUGGUGGCCUCUUUUUGGUCACUGGAAUCGCAUUGACGGUAACCAAGAGAUGGGUACGUCGGCCCGUUGACGAUGAGGACAUAUUGACCAAUUGAAAGCAGUAAUUUAACUGACCAAACUCUAGCCAAAUUGUGCCAGGACACACAUACACAUAAAGAAACACACACAGACACUUGUUAACUUUACUAGUUCAUCGUUUGCCUAAGCUUGUUAAUAGUUGACGACGGCCUCUAAUAGACGCCGAUGUAUAUAUGUGCUACAUGCAGCAUUUGUGAUAUACACACUCUUAUUUUAAGUGCAAUCAAUAUACAUGAAUUUUGUAAUGUAUUACCUUUACUCACAUUUUACCCAUCCAAAUGUUAUGUACUUGCUUUAACAUUCCCGUUGUGUCUGUUUGAAGCUGCGAUUUGUAAUUUUACAAAAAACCAAAACAAAUAAAUCACAUUUAUGUACAACUUA